UAGUUUCUUUUCUUUUUUUUUCCUUAGAAAUUAUAUACAUGUCUAUUAAGUAGAUAGUCCAUCACGAACCACACUCCAUACCAGUAGGCGGCGGUAAUGCUACUAAAUGUUUGUUGCCAACCGCCAAUAAAUCCAACAAGAAGAAGAAGAAAAAACAAUGGCUGCUGCCAGAGGGCAAAACAAACAGGGAGUUUCAACCUCAGAUACUGAGCUUUUGCUGCACCCAGAGCUUCUCUCCAACGAUUUUUUGCAGCUCAUUUUGAGGGAGAGAAAUGUCGGUGCCAGAGGCUGUGAAGACAGGGACCGGCUAACAGAGCUCUACCUGCGGCAUGUCAUCCCACUGCCACAGCGGACUCUGCCCAACAGCCGCUGGGGUCGGAAGAUGGAGAGGAGCCGGGGAAGACAGGCUGCCGCCGGACAAAGCUCCAGCAAUGACCAGCAUAGAAAAAGGCCUCUGAUUGUGUUUGACGGCAAGUCGUCUCAGUCGGGUCCACUGAAACUGAAGAAACCAGACUGUUCACCAGGGCCACCCGGAGUCACAGACAGAUUAAAACCUCCUCCAGCUGCAAAUCUGUCCAACCCCAUCCGUAAACUCUCAGGCACUUCGUCGCCAUUGUCUUCUUCAUCCACACAUCGCAGCUCUGAUGCUUCAAACAUCAAACGGGAUGCAGAAUCCUCGGCUACACUAAAAUCUCCAGAAGUGAAGAAAAAGAUCCAACAUGUAACAUGGCCCUGAUCUCUGACCUAGGAUGGCAAUCUAGACUUAUAUAUAGAUAUCUUCCUAUCAUCUAUUUUCCAUCUCAAACCCCAAACCACCUCUCAUUAAUUACUGUUUUCAGACUAAAAAAAGGUAAAGAGCCUGUUUCAGAUGUACAUCAGGACCCCUUUAAUGUUCUUAUAAAUGGUGGACAGUCAACAAAGCAGUGCGACGCUCAGGAGAUCAACCCUGCUUGUUGAAUUCAGGAGCUUCCUUCUUGCAACCUGCAACCUCAAGUGCCCUUUAGGUCCUUAUAGCCAGCAUCUCCCAUCGUGUGUUUUUUAUAUCAGGAGGACGUCCUGUUGAUGGUUUCAUGUGUUUGAUGAACAUGCAAGUGUGGUUUAUUAAACAUAAAAAGAAAUACAGAGGAAUUGAACACUAUGUAAGGGAUCAUCAGGGACGGAUGAGAAGGAUUCAUCUGAUCUCUACAUUGUAGGAGUUGUGCAGUUGAUACCUGUCAGUUAUUGCUCUAAUUCCACUGAGAACAAUUCAUUUAGGAUUACUUCUAAAAUUCUUCAUUGAUUUCUUUAUUGUAAGUUAAGCUGAUUUCAGGUAGAUUGUGUUUAAUAAAUUUUGAUGAAAAAUGUGUGAAAAAUAUGACUAAUUUUGUAUAUUGAACAUGAACCUAACCUGGGAUAGAUCUCUUUCAUGUUGUAUUUAUUGGUCAGGAAUAUUUUCACUUUGAAGCCGAUUUCUUUGAUGUUGACAAAAAGUGUCUUUAAUAUUUGUAAAAACAGUUUUUUUU